GGAGUAUACUCUUCAAAUUUCUGCAACUGGGAACAAAAUGAUAAGAUCAUACAGAAGACACCUUUUGUGGAAGUAUCUUCUGGCUAAUUCCCGAGCUAGACGUAGCUCAGGAAAGAGUUACGCUGGUUCGGCUCUUCUUCUAGGAUCUGAACUGGCGUAACUCGUACCUGAGCUACGUCUGGCUCAGAUCCUAGCCAGAAGAUGCUUCCACAAAAAGCAUCUUCUGUAGCAGAGUACAUCUGGAUAGAUGAAACUGCCAUCAAUAUUAGGUCAAAAUCUAGGACGCUAUCUGGAACGGUUGAGUCCCUCUCUGACCUUCCUGACUGGAACUUUGAUGGCUCUUCCACACAACAAGCAUCUACUGAAGACUCUGAGGUGACGAUUAAGCCUGUGGCCAUCUUCCAUGAUCCAUUCAGAGGUGGAGAUAACAUUCUAGUAAUGUGUGCUACAUAUGUACGGGCUGAUGAGGAAAGAACCAAGCUGAGACCUGCAAAUACAAACUUUAGAGACUUCUCCCUUCCCAUUUUUGAAGCAGCAGAGAGUGAGCAUCCAUGGUUCGGAAUUGAGCAGGAAUAUUACUUGUUUGAAACAAAUAAUGCCUUCACCAAAACACUUCUUGGGUGGCCAGAAGGUGGCUACCCUGCCAAGGAAGGACCAUACUAUUGCUCUGUUGGAGCAUCAGCUUGUCAUGGAAGAGCCAUCAUGGACGCUCAUUACAGAGCCUGUUUAGCAGCUGGUGUGAACAUCUCAGGAACCAACGCUGAAGUCAUGCUUGGGCAGUGGGAGUUCCAAAUUGGACCUUGUGAAGGAGUAACCAUUGGUGAUCACCUCUGGAUUGCUAGAUACCUCCUCGGGAGAAUUGGUGAAGACUUUGGCAUCUCCAUUUCCUAUGAUCCAAAACCAAUUAAGGGUGACUGGGCUGGUGCAGGCUGCCAUACCAAGUUUUCCACCGAAUCAAUGAGGCAAGAAGGAGGUAUAAAGGAGAUUUAUGAAGCUGUCGAAAAGUUAUCUGAAAAGCAAAAAGAACAUAUGGAACUAUAUGGUGAAGACAAUGAGAAAAGACUCACAGGCAAAAACGAGACUUGUUCCAUCGAGAAGUUCACCUGUGGAGUGGGAGAUAGAGGAGCAUCAAUCAGAAUUCCAUCAAACGUCGAGAUUGAGAAGAAAGGGUAUAUUGAGGAUAGUCGACCUCCUUCAAAUAUCGACCCAUAUCUUGUCUCAUCAAUUCUUGUUUCCACAUGUGUAGCAGGAUCUGAGCAUGAAGAAGCCUUAUUCAUUCAUUUCAGGAAAUGGAAAGAGGAAAGAAAAGAGCUUGAGUCUUAAAUAAUUGUACAUAUAACAUCAUUUAUUUUAAA